UCUCUAAUUCUAUAGGCUGAGCUCAGCUGUCAAUCACGCCUCUUUGAGUAUCAUGGUAGGUUGCGGCGCAGAACUGGGCCUGAAUAGGCGGCUGAGAGUCUCAAACUGAACCGAAAUACCGCUUUAUUUUCUUGUUUAGAGCAUUUUGAUAGUUAUAGCAACACAUUAACACCCACAUUAGGCCCAGUGGAACCGGCAGCAUGUCUGCAGCAGGAGAUUUCGGUAACCCGCUCCGCAAAUUCAAGCUGGUGUUUCUGGGAGAACAGAGCGUGGGAAAGACGUCAUUGAUUACCAGAUUUAUGUAUGACAGUUUCGAUAAUACCUACCAGGCGACAAUAGGAAUCGAUUUCUUGUCGAAAACAAUGUAUCUUGAGGACAGAACAAUCAGGCUGCAGCUUUGGGACACAGCAGGACAGGAGCGUUUCCGUAGCCUCAUUCCCAGUUACAUCAGAGACUCUGCUGCUGCUGUUGUAGUUUACGACAUCACAAAUGUCAACUCGUUCCAGCAGACCACCAAAUGGAUCGAUGAUGUCCGAACAGAAAGGGGAAGUGAUGUCAUAAUCAUGCUGGUGGGAAACAAAACAGAUCUUGCUGAUAAACGGCAAGUUUCUAUCGAGGAAGGAGAAAGGAAAGCCAAAGAACUGAAUGUAAUGUUUAUUGAAACUAGUGCUAAAGCCGGAUACAACGUCAAACAGCUUUUCCGGCGUGUAGCAGCAGCUCUUCCUGGUAUGGAGAGCACACAAGACAAGAGCAGAGAGGACAUGAUCGACAUAAAAUUAGAAAAGCCGCCAGAGCAGCCAGUCAACGAAGGCGGCUGUUCAUGCUGAGGCUUCAGUCGACAUUUCUGUGCCGUGUCUCUUAUUGUCGCUCUUUCAGACGCUCUCAGUUGCACUCACAGCAUCUCUCUGGAUAUUCUGCAGAAGCUCCGCCCACCCGGAAGAAGUAGAACACUACCUGCCCAUCACCCUCGUUUCCACUGACCCACUCAAAUGACUUUAAAUUCGAAAGCACAACGUGGAUGUGUAUGAUGUUGCUUUUCUAUUAAUUGUUUCCGUUAAUCGUACACCUUUUGUGGUGUUUUUGUUUUUUUCGCUCUCAAAAUGCUUUAUAAAGUGUUGUUUUUGUUCAUGUUUCGUUUUAUGUGAAAUAAUACUUGUAUUACUGUAAUAAUGACAUGAAUAGGAACAAACCAAGUUAAAUAAAUGAAAUUACAAUUAGGAGGAUAUCCAGAUUUGAAUAUGCGAUGACUCUCUAAACGUUGUUCCGUAAAGACGGUGCAGAGAUGGACAAAAGGUUUACAGAGCGUUUUUGGAAAUUUCCAAGUCUAGUUUUCAGCACAUGUGGCUACAGUGCGUUGAAUCCGUGACGAUGUUGAUGUCUCUUCUUCAGAAGGAAGAAAGGAAAGUGUAAAAACAAAUGUUUUUGGAGUUUGCGAGGAACAAGUGCUGCUUUUAGCUCGGUUGCCGCUCAAGCAUUGUGCUUUUUUUUUUCUUCUGCUUAGUUGUCAUUUUAUUAGAUUUCUUUCCAUCUUAUUUUGAGCAUUAGAAAGCCAAUAGCUUAGUCAAAGAGAUAUACAGUUAUUGUAAAGAAAUAUGUAUAUUAAGGGAAUUAUCAGAUCCGGUUUAACAGAUAAUAUGCAGCCGUUGCCUUCAAUGGUUUGUUUUAUUGGGCUUCCACUGGUUUGUUUGUUUUUUAUUAGCAUUGUAAAGUUUGAUUUAUUUUAAUAAUGACACACUAGAUGUGGUUUGUUUUCUUCUUGAUUUGUUGAAUCAACCAUGAACCCUAAUAUUUAUUUGUAAUAUCUUUGUUUUGUUUUUAAACACUGUUUGGUUUUUCAUAAUUCAUAGACAGAGACGUUGAGAUAUUCUGGCCCAAAGCAGCUGUUACAUUAGUUUUUAAAUGUUCAGUGAUAUUUUGGCCCCAGACUGAUCUAAACGUUUCUAAGAUUUAGUGUAUUUUGUGUAUUUUUUUGCUUUUUCUUUAAAUGGUCUCAUACAUUUCAAAUGGAUUUUAACCAGUUUCGUCAGGCAGUGCUGCUUGACGCCAAUGCUCAUUAUUUGCACUGCUAAAAUUGGCCAGCAUCUUGAGACAUCCCUAAUAAAAACUUUAUUUAGCAACAA